UGUCGCAUACGUAUUCGAAUCAGUAUCGAUAACGAUAUCAUCGGCGAGCCCGAUAUCGAAUGCUUAGACGAGGAGAUUCGAAUAUGGGUGAAGACUCGAAAGGUUUUUGCAGGUCGAAUUUAUGCCAAAGGAAAAGCGGACGUCGAAGAAUGCUAUAAAGAUGAUUUUAGCCGUGAACGCACUAAAAAACCUCAUUUUGAUGAUUUGAAAUUCGGUAUCUGUCUGUGGGAAUGCAGAAGCUUCGCUCGGGCUGGAUCCUCGAGAAUGUACUAUGGCAUCACCAUCCUUUUCAUCACUAAAGUCGAUCAAGCAUUUCAUGUGAAAUGCUUUUUCGAGGAGGCCAGCCGAGGUCUGACAGCUGAACUUGGUGUGAGGUUGGAGAGGACCAAAGAAGAGCCAAUUGUUUGUCGC